AUGGCCAAGACAAGGGUCAAACCGAUGGGAAAUACAACCAUUCCACGUAUGGAAUUACUCGGUGCAGUUAGUGCUGUUCAGAUGGCUAAUUACAUUGAACAAGCCCUAAACGGAACUCUCACCUUAAACAACCGCACCUUAUGGAUAGAUUCACAGAUCGUUAUCCACUGGACACAGGGCAACAGGAAAUUGCCUACAUAUGUCCAGAAUCGAGUUGAAAGGAUCCGACACUUCGCGGGAGAUAUCAGAUAUGUUCCAUCAAAAGAAAACCCGGCAGACCUCUUAACACGUGGCAUUACGCCUGAUGAGCUACAUCACUCGGACUUAUGGUGGUCCGGGCCAAAUUGGCUGAACGGAGGUAAUCCGCCUUCGACUCCUCCCCCUGAUGUCAUCGAUGAAACAGUUCUACUUCAACAGGCCCAUGCUGCUGCCGACGAUGACGCCAUCCAUGACGCCAAUGAUAAAGUCGAACCCGCAACUGCUGACCUACCAGUACCCAAUAUUGCAAACAUGAUUAACAUCAACUCCUUCAAUUCCUUUGGUAAAUUGCUGAGAGUGACCGCCCUCACCCAAAGAAGCGUCAGACUUUGGAGAAGAAAAGAGAAGAUAACACGGGAGCAGCUCACUGACAUUGACGCACAAGCCAUAAACACCGCCGAAAAAACAUGGAUACGCUCAGUACAGGAAGCAAACUACCGCAAUGAGAUCGACCUCCUGCAAGGAAAUCCGGCAGCAGGCCCCCAUCCAGUUAGAAGCAAAACCCGCAUCAAGCAGCUCAGGCUCUUUUUGGACGAUGAUAAGCUAAUCCGCAUCAACGGGAGACUGACCAACGCACCGAUAGCUGCAGACGCAAAAUGCCCCUAUCUCCUGCCAAAUAAGGACAAGUUCGCUGCGUACAUAAAUCAUUGCGUACUUCCAGGUCACCUGGGUCAUUUGAUGUACUUUGUAAAGUAG